CAAACUAUAUAUAGUAAAAAACAAGACAAAACACAUUUCGGAUAGUAAUCUGAUCACAAACUAAAAAACAUGAACUCUAAAUUUCUUCUCACAACCAUACAUUUACCUUAUAAUAAUAAUCAUAAUAAUAAUUCAUUUUCAGAUAAGAAGUUGUAUACUCAUUUUUACACUCCCUUCUCAUGCCCAAGAUUUAAAAUCUUGUGUUCAUCAUCAGGAUCAGAGCUCACACUAACCACUGGAACGAAUGGAAGCGAUGGUUCAGUGACAGGUGGCUCAUAUGAUUUUAGUAAAGCAACAACUUCUCUUACACAGAAGUUAUUGUCAUCCCCAAAGCAAGUGACUCUUGUAAGGCAUGGCUUAAGUUCUUGGAACGACGAAAGCAGAGUUCAGGGAAGUACAGACUUAUCGGUCUUGACAGAAACUGGAAUUAUGCAAGCUGAAAGAUGCAAGAAAUCUUUGGCAGAUAUACAGUUUGACCAGUGUUUCUCGAGUCCAAUUUCUCGUGCCAAGUCAACUGCAGAAAUCUUGUGGGCAGAGAGGAAAGAGCCCUUGAUUUUUCUUGAUAACCUGAAGGAGGCACAUCUAUUCUACCUUGAAGGCAUGAAAAAUGUGGAUGCCAGGCUAAGAUAUCCGAAGGAAUAUACAACAUGGAGGGAAGAUCCGUCCAAUUUUAAUGUAAAUGGCAUUUAUCCUGUACGGCAAAUAUGGGACACUGCAAGCAUUGCUUGGAAGGAAAUCUUGUUGACACCGGGGGAUAAUUUUCUUGUUGUGACCCACAAAUCAAUAUUACGAGCGCUCAUCUGCACGGCCCUUGGACUAAGCACAGAGAGGUUCCGAGCCUUUGAUGUGAAUAAUGGUGGAAUAACCGUGUUUAAGUUCAAUGUGGAAGGCGAAGCUAUGCUUCAGUAUAUGAACAUGACAGCUCAUAUGUACACUGAACACACUUAUCGUUAUUAAACAUGGAGGUCUCAAUAUUCAUGAAUGCGAGUUACAUAUCAAGUCAAGUUUGAUAAAUAAUGGUGGUUCCACUUCCAUUAUCCAGUCCUUUUGUGAUCCUAGUCGAGUUAAGCCUAGUUGAGUCAACUCGACGCACUUAUUAGUAGCAAAGAUAUAAGAUCAUAUUGUAUUUGCUUUAUCAUGAACAAGAUUGUAUGAGAACAGGGCAUGCUAAAUAUUAUGAUAUGAAAUCCAUGAUAAAUUUUGAA